AUGUUUCAGGCUAUUUCCAGGAAUGACCUCUACACAGUCCACCGUCUCAUUAGCAGUGGCAUUGGUGUGAACUCUGUCCUUCAUAAUCCUGAUCGCAGAGACAGCACAACAAUUCUGUCUGAGGCAGCUUAUGCUGGUAGAUUGGACAUUGUUCAGUACCUGGUCAAUGCAGGUGCUCUAAUUAAUCAUAAAGACCCUUGCUUUGGCCGCACCCCUCUUCAUUGGGCCUGCAUGGGUCAUCAGAGAGAUGUCGCAAUCUAUCUUAUUGAACAUGGAGCAGAUGUGAACUGUGUAGAUCGUGACAAUGUGACCCCGAUUCUCUUUGCUGCAAUGAGAGGCUGUGACAUGAUAGUAACAUGCUUGAUUAAGAAUGGGGCUAACCCCCACAAGGUGGAUCGGCUUCGUUCCUCAGCUCUUCAUUAUGCAACAUUCCAUGGUCACUCAGCAGUGGUGUCUCGGCUUAUAGAAGUUGGCUGCAUCCCUAACAAUAAAGUUAUAUUUGGGCAGGGGACGCCACUCGCAAAUCUUGUGCACAACAAAGACUAUGCAAACUGUCGUCUGUUGCUAGAGAGCGGCUAUGAUUUGAAGAAUGAGGAUUAUCUCCACAAAUAUAAUGAAAUGUUUAUCCAUUCCACGUUUUCUGAUGAAUCUAGUGAAAAUGUUACUGAUACCAUCUCUCAGAUGAAUAAUAUUGUCCGAUGGCUGAAGACACCGCGUUCUUUGCAGUGUUUUUGUCGGACAGUUAUUCGAAAUAGAAUGCGAGGAAGUUAUUUGCAAGAGCGAAUUAAUGCUCUUCCAAUUCCUUCCCAAUUAAAACGUUAUCUUUUAUUUCUAUAA